UCAAAUUCAAACCCCUUUCUGUCUCUCUCUCUCUCUGAAAAAAACAAAUUUACUGUAUCUCUCAACUUGAUUCAGAGAAGAUAGAAAUGGCGUGAUUCAAUUCAAUCCGAACUUCCUCCUGAAUUCCUUCAAAAAUUUCGAAAACAGCGAAGAAAUUGCCUGCAUUUGCUGCGAGAUGGAUCAAUUCAGCAUACGCCACCUCCUCCUAUUGACGGCGGCGGCGCUCCUUUUCCAUUCCGCCGCGCCUGACAUCGCCUCCGACCGCGCCGCCCUAAUCGCGCUCCGAUCCGCCGUCGGCGGCCGCGUCCUCCUAUGGAACCUCUCCAGCCCCACCCCCUGCUCCUGGUCCGGCGUCAACUGCUCCCCGGACAAUUCCUCCGUUGUCGAGCUCCAUUUCCCCGGGAUGGGGCUCUCCGGCGAGCUUCCGCCCAAAACCUUCUCCAACAUGACCAAUUUGCAGACGCUCAGCCUGCGUUACAACGCCCUCUCCGGUCCGCUGCCGCCGGACCUCUUCACUUCUCUCUCCUCUCUCCGCAAUCUCUAUUUGCAGCACAAUUUCUUCACCGGCGAAGUUCCGCAAACCCUAUUUGAUCUCACCUCGCUAGUGAGAGUCAAUUUAGCAGAGAACGAUUUCUCCGGCCCGAUUUCGACGGGUUUUAGCAAUUUGACCCGAUUAGGCACGCUCUAUUUGCAGGGCAACAAUUUCUCCGGUCCGAUCCCUGACUUGAAUAUACCGAGCUUAGUUCAAUUCAAUGUAUCGAAUAAUAACCUAACUGGCUCGAUUCCGAAGGGGCUUUCGAAACAGCCUAAAACCUCGUUUCUCGGCAAUUCACUCUGCGGCGAUCCUCUGAAUUCCUGCGGAAAUUCGAAAUCGAAGAAGAAGCUCUCCGGCGGCGCGAUUGCUGGCAUAGUAAUCGGCUGCAUAAUCGCGUUUUUCGUGAUCUUACUGCUCAUUUUCUGCUUGUGCAGAGUGCUAGCUAGGAAGAAAUCGAGAUCCAAGGACGAGCCGGUGGCGAAUGCGAGGGGAGUGGAGGCUCCUCCGCCUCGGAAAUCGGCGGAAAGCGGCGGCGGAGGCUUUUUUGCAGCGGCGAUUGGGGGUGGGGCGAAGGAGAAAGAGGUGGUGGAAGGUGAUUUGGGCGUCGGUGGGAAGAAGGGGCUGGUUUUCUUUGGGAAAACAGGGUGGAAUAUUGAAUUGGACGAUCUGUUGAGGGCUUCGGCUGAGGUUUUGGGGAAGGGGACGUUCGGGACGGCGUACAAGGCGGUGCUGGAGACGGGGCUGGCGGUGGCGGUGAAGCGGCUGAGGGACGUGACCAUGCCGGAGAAGGAGUUCAGGAAGAAGAUGGAGGAGAUUGGGAGCAUGGAUCAUCUAUAUUUGGUGCCAUUGAGGGCUUAUUACUACAAUGGAGAGGAGAAGCUUCUUGUUUAUGAGUACAUGCCAAUGGGAAGCUUAUCUGCCUUAUUACAUGGAAACAAGGGAGCGAGCAGGACUCCGUUGAACUGGGAGGCGAGGGCGGCCAUUGCUCUAGGCGCUGCUAAGGGAGUUUCAUACCUACACUCUCAAGGACCAACCAUCUCCCAUGGCAACAUCAAGUCAUCAAACAUUCUCCUCACUAAAUCAUACGAACCCCGUGUCUCCGACUUUGGUCUUGCUCAGCUCGCGGGCCCUGCUGCCACUCCCAACCGCCUUGCCGGCUACAGGGCACCGGAGGUCACAGAUCCCCACCGAGUCUCCCAAAAGGCUGACGUCUACAGCUUUGGCGUGUUGCUGUUGGAGCUGCUGACGGGCAAGGCUCCAACUCACACAUUGGUGAACGAAGAGGGCGUUGACCUCCCGCGGUGGGUCCAGUCCGUGGUCCGGGAGGAGUGGACGGCCGAGGUGUUCGACCUUGAGCUCCUCCGGUACCAGAAUGUCGAGGAGGACAUGGUGCAGCUCUUGCAGCUGGCCGUGGACUGCACCGCGCAGUACCCCGACAAGCGCCCUUCGAUGGACGAGGUUGUCGUGAAGAUCGAGGAGCUGUGCCGUCCGAACGAGGAUUUCGUGGAGGAGGAGGAGUCGUGACAGAUCUAGGUGAUGGAUCAAUUUGAAGUUGUUGUUAUGUUAGUUGCUGGGAAACGGUGGUUUAUUUGUUUGUUCAUUCUUGAAAUGUACCAUUUGAUUGAGGAAGCUAAGAUUGUGCAUUUCUCACAUUUUUUCUAAUUUUCGUGUAAAAGUUUGUUUUUUUUGAGUUGUAGAAACAUAGAUUGUUUUUGGAAUGAUUCUUCUUGGUUGUCUGAACUGUAAAAUGAGGAAUAUGAAACUAUGAAAUAUUCUUGUUGA